UGUCAGCGUCAAAGCACACCCCUUUUCAAGACAUCACCAACGGCCAGAAUCAAGGUGAUUAACAAUGACUGAUGCUUUCAACUCGCUUAUUAUUAUUUCGACAUAUAGUAAAUUGUGUCAUGACUGCAGAUCCUAAAGAGGCCAAAAGGCAGAGAAACCGAGAGUAUUAUGCAAAAAAUAAAGAUGAAAUUGCAAAACGCCGGCGCCAAGCACGAGAACUUAAAAAACAGGUUCCUUCAACAGAUGCAAACAUAAACGAUAACACAGUAUGUCAUACACCAGAUCCUCCACAAUCCGGAGUCAGCCAGCUGCAAUACAAAACACCAGACAUGGCUCCACUUGUUCAGCAUACCUAUGCAGACGGUUCACCAAACCAUAUAACUGGUAAUAUAAUCUAUGCAGACGGUUCACCAAACCAUAUAACUGCUGUUCUGGGCUGCAGUAAUGCUUCUCUUCAUCAAUCGUCAACAUCUACCUUGCAAUAUGAUGGCUGUGACUCGGGUACUGGCCUAUCAAACACACAACGAGGUCAAAAAAAUCAAAGUGCUAAAAGUUGGUACGCUAAAUUGUCUGCCGACAAAAAAGCUGACUAUAUACAGAGGCAGCGGUUAGCUCGCCAACGAAAGAAUGCUGCAACUCGGAUUGCUCUUAAUCAUGCAGAAGUAUCUCCGAUGCAAAUUACCCCAUUGAGCAACGUAACCAUGUCACUUGCAAAUGGUAGCAGGGAUACUGCCACGCAAUGCAGCGACUCAAGAAUGCUUGACGGAGAUCAUAGUGAUUGGCUACACAGUAAUUUGACUUUCAUCUCUCAUGUGAAAUCUGGACAAGAUCUGCAAAAUGGAUCCACAUCUACAGGAGGACAUGGACAAAAGAGCUUCGCUGAAAAAAGUGAAUAUUGCAGCAAGAAACGACAGCGUGAUUCUUCUGAUUAG